ACUCGUUGCUCACAGACUGUGGAGGAAAGGGCAUCUUACACACAUAUAUACACACACACACACGCGCGCGCGCACACACAUAAGUAACACAUUUCUUGCAGCUCCUUCCUGCCCUAAAAUAUAUAAUGAAUUCAGCACCUUGCAGGGAAUGCACUCUGACUUAAGGCAAUGUCUAGAUGUCUUAAGGAUUUCUGUGGGGGUUAGGGAGACCCAAGUUUGCCAACAUGCGUAACGGGACGCUGACGCGUAAGCGGCGCUCUUAUGGAAUAUAGCUUGCUGUUUUGUCAGACCUCCUGCGCUGUUUCUUUUCACCUGGGAAAAAGUAGACUUUUGGUUGCGUGCAUCAUGCUGACACUUUGGGCGUACAUGCUUUACUGCUGCGUUGGUUAUUGCGCUUCCGUGCCGAGAUUCGCGGUGGACUCGGUUGGGAUGAGGACGAACCCGGAGACUGCUGUGGACUCUUUUAUCAACUCGGGAAGGGACGUUUACGCCAUAGCACACUCAAGGGACUUGUUAAACAACGAAAACGAGCUGGACAGCAGAGCAGAUGAGUGGGAUGAAAGCAAGGCUGAGCUGAGGGUUGUGGAAGAGGGGACAGCAGCGGCGACAGGUGCCUACAAUGGAACGGAGACGAAGAAACUGCCUCAGGCCAUCAUCAUCGGGGUGAAAAAGGGCGGCACGCGCGCGCUGCUCGAGUUCCUGCGCGUGCACCCUGACAUCAGGGCUGUGGGCGCAGAGCCACAUUUCUUUGACCGGAACUAUGAUAAAGGACUUGAGUGGUACAGAGAGCUGAUGCCUAAGACUAUAGGGGGCCAAAUCACCAUGGAAAAGACCCCCAGCUACUUUGUGACCAAGGAGGUCCCAGGCCGCAUCUACGCCAUGUCGAAGGACACUAAGCUGAUUGUGGUUGUGCGGGACCCAGUUACGCGAGCCAUCUCAGACUACACUCAAACGCGUUCCAAGAAACCCGACAUACCCUCCUUUGAGAGCCUGACUUUCAAGAAUGCAACAACAGGCGUGAUUGAUGCCACAUGGAGUGCCUUGCAGAUCGGUAUGUACGCCCGGCACCUGAAGCGCUGGCUGCAGUUCUUCCCACUCAGUCAGAUCCUGUUUGUGAGUGGUGAGCGACUAAUCACCGACCCAGCUGGUGAGAUGGCACGUGUGCAGGACUUCCUGCACUUGAGGAGAUUGGUCACUGAGAAACACUUCCACUUUAAUCCAGCCAAGGGCUUCCCAUGCCUGAAGAAGCCAUCAAGCAACAGCAAGCCCCACUGCCUAGGCAAAACCAAAGGACGCACCCAUCCAAACAUCCACCCUACUGUAGUGCGUCAACUGCAAGACUUUUACAAGCCAUUUAAUAAAAAAUUUUACCUCAUGACUGGGCAGGAUUUUGGUUGGGAUUGACAAAAAAACACUUUGUAAAAGAUUUUAUUUGUGUAAAAAAAGAAGUCUAUUUUAUGAUAAUUUAUUUCAGUCAUUCCAUUUUUAUGGAAAUUGGUGAGCUUAUUAUUUAAUAGGUUUGAGUAAUUGCAUUACCAAAUUGGGAACUUUGUAGUGAAUGACCAAUAGGAAUUCAAAUGAGGAGAAGCAUCCCCAAAAGGAAGACAAAAGCACAAUGAAAUUAGUAACGGGUAAACAGUGAACCAGUCUUGUGCAGAGAAAAUGUUCUUUUCCUUCAAUCCAUCCAUCAAGCAAUAGCAUCUCUUUCAGUGUCCAUACAAUUCUUAUCCUUAGAAGUCAUGCAUUCCAGACCCUAAUCAAAUUUUUCCAGGAGACCAUAAUGGUCCCAGAAUUCUUUCUCAUCAUUUGAUUAAUCUCACAGAAUGGGUCUUUUAGGUUGGGUACCAGCUGAUCCACUACUAGUUCAGGUUGAUCAAUACACUAAAUGAUAACACCAAUUAUGAUGAUAAAAUACAACAGACCAAAGCUCUAGCAAAAAAAAAACAGUCACUCAUUAUGUUGAUUAAACCCUGGAAGGAUUUCAUAGCACAACAGUGCUUAAUGUGCUUAUGGAAUAUAAUUUUUAUAAUUAUAUUUUUAUAAGUGAACAAUUUUACCUGAUGUCUGGGAAAUAUUGAGAAUUUAAAGUAGGUCUAAUGUUGCCAAAAUGUGCGACCCCUUUGACUAGGGAGUAAACAAACGUCUCCAUACCAUAAUCAAGUAUUUCUUACUUAGGAGGAGAGGUUAUAAUGUCAUGUCCUUGGUAUUUUUUUGGAGAACACGAUAGGGAGGACGAAUACUCCCAAAUUCUUUGGCUGAGCAGAGCAAGACCAUCAGACCUAUUUGGAUGACCUCAGAAAUGGACUCUGGAACUAAACAAAAUAAAUAAAUAAACUGAAAUGCUGAUUAAGCCAUGUUUGUCCCUCACAUAAAUGGAUUGAUUCAAGGCGAUCAGAGGACAUGGUUUAAAUUCUCUGGGGAAAAAAUGUGUCAUUGAUCUUGCUAUUUCAUAACACAAUGUAUUUUCAGUAGAUUAUGUUAACAGAGAAACUUGAAGAUAUACAGCAUCAAAAGGAAUUGGUCAGUUUAAGCCAUAAGUUAUAUAUUCAGGCACAGCAAAAAAAAAGAAAAAAAAAGGAAAAACGUUUCUUUGGACAAAUAUUUUCUGAAACAUUCAUGUAUAGUUGGUUGAGUUUUAUUCAACCCUAAUAAAGAUCUUACAUUUACACUUCUUAUGGCUUUCCAGAGUAGGCUGUUCAAAUCGAAUACUCUACUCAUUGUGGUAUUGAAAUGUUUUUUUUUUUUCAUCUUUAACCUAAAGUUCUGUCAAGAGAUUGAGACCAUGAAUACUUUACGCUACAGUAUUCCUCUGCAAUGAUAAAAUAAAUCUAUUUUACCAAAAUUCUUUAUCGCUUGCUUUCUUUCCUGCCAUUAACAGCCAGGAUACUCUGGCAAGAAGGAGACGGUUCUGUCCUGUGUUAUAGUUUUAUAGUAUAUAUAGUUUUGGACUGAAGUGAAUGUAUUCCUCUGGCAUGACUCUGCUGUUGAGAAUGGGCUCCUGUGAGGUUGCCACUGAGCUCUACAGUCCCCACUACAGUGGGGUUCCUUCAUGUGUUCCAUUAAGUCAUUCAGCUAAUGAGCAUAAGUACUACACAUUUGCAUUUAUGUUACCACUAAAGUCCACUGAGCUGUGUACAUUAUGGAACCAGUGUAGUCAAGUUUCAUGUUAGGGGAAAUGUUGUAGAGGGUGAGCUGCUUCCCGCUGCAGCAGUUUCUUCCAGCUAAUUGAUUCAGUUUAUCACAAGACAGUUUUGUGAUCUAACUGUUUUACUUCGGCUCAAGACUACAGUUGUCAGAGUGGACAUAACGUUCAGAUGGCCUGUGUGUGUGUGUGUGUCUGUGUGUGUGUGUGUGCACUGUGGAUGCACCAGCCUUGCUUGGUUUCACCAGUGGGGUUAUUAUAUUUGCAAAUGACUGCACAUUUCACAUCUGAAACAAGAUCCUCUAAUACACCACUAAAAUCAUUUUGCUCUUUAUAUGCAGAAAACCAUUAUUAUUUUUCUUUAUUUGCAUCUCAUUUACUAGUAUACAGACUGCAAAAAGAGCAGACCUGCUCCUGAAAGCCCUAUCCUUGAUUAGAGCGAGACAGUGGAAUAGUGUACAUGUUUGUGCAUGUGUUACAUCUGCAGACUUCACAGACUCAGAAUACAAACAUGGCCCAGAGGACUCACCUUCCCAGAAGCCACCAGCACUUCCUCGUUCCUGGUCGCCAUCCUUCUGCUUGUAUUCAUCUCUGUUUAAUUGGUAUGUUUUGAUUAGCACUGUUUUAAAGUGCCUUUGUUUUAGUUUGUGUUUGUACGUAUCCCUAAAAGUAUAUGUGCAUUUCUCUGCUUUCCGUGACGUUGCCCGCUUUUUGACCUUUUUUACAUUGACCAAACUGCACCUGUUUUCAUCCUGUGUUUGCCUGAUGUUAUUUUGGAUUGUUCACUGUAACUGUUCCUAAUUUUGUGAUUUGUUCCUAUUAAACUGACCUGCACUUCCA